AUGAGUUCAUUCAGCACGCGUGCGCUGACGCUGCUGUCCUCGGUGUUUGGCGCGUGCGGGCUGCUGCUGGUGGGCGUGGCGGUGUCCACAGACUACUGGCUGCUGAUGGAGGAGGGCAUUGUCCUGCAGCAGAACCAGACCACCGAGGUCAAGAUGGCACUGCACUCCGGCCUGUGGAGGGUCUGCUUCAUCGCAGGAUCAGAGAAGGGGAGAUGUGUGGCAUCAGAGUAUUUUACAGAGCCAGAGAUUGAGAUCACAACAGAAAACACUGCCAACAUACUCAAGAUGGUCCGCACCGCCACGCCAUUCCCUAUGGUCUCCCUGCUGUUUGUCUUCACGGCCUUCGUCAUCAGCAACAUAGGACACAUCCGGCCCCAGCGCACCAUCCUCGCCUUCGUCUCUGGCAUAUUCUUCAUCCUGUCAGGUCUCAGUCUGGUGGUUGGCCUUGUCUUGUACAUUUCCAGUAUCAACGAUGAGGUGAUGAACCGACCCAGAGAGCCUGAACAGUUCUUCCACUACCACUAUGGAUGGUCCUUUGCCUUCGCUGCCUCGUCUUUCCUGCUCAAAGAAGGGGCUGGAGUGAUGUCUGUCUACCUCUUCAUGAAGCGCUAUGCAGAGGAGGAGCUGUACCGCCCCCACCCGGCUCUCUAUCGCCCCCGUCUGUCCGACUGCAGUGACUACAGUGGUCAGUUCCUCCACCCAGACUCCUGGCCUCCUCCCCAGCGGGGGCGCAGUGGCUCCGAUGUCUCCUCAGACAUCUCCAUCCAGCUCAACCAGACGCCGCCGCCCGUGCCGAUGGCCCCGAAGGCGGGCGGCAGCUCCCAGCCGACCCCACCUUCCUCCUCCUCGGGGCCCUCGUCAGCAGCCAGCUACCAGCUCCAGCCGGCCUCCUCCUCCUCCACCUCCUCCUCCUACCCACACGCUUUCCACACCGCCACCGCCUCCUCCACCCUAACCCGGGCCUUGCAGUCUCACCCCCACCCCAGCGGGCCGCCUCCCCAGUCCCUGCCCAUGGCGGUGCCCCCCUCGGCGGUGCCCCCACCCCGCUACCACACACACAUGCGCAUGAGCGCCUCGCCGUGCUAA